UCACGGCCUUUCGAACUCGACUCGUUCCCCAACUCAACUCAGUGUGCCGCCGAACGGAGUCGUAUUUCUGGAGACGGACUCUGCUGUGGUCCGGCAAAUAUUGAUGGCAGAGUCCCUCUCGCAAGUGGAGAGGGUUAAGCAAGCGAUGGAGGAAACAAGAGAGGCGGCGGCGGAGUUGCGGUUUCAGGAUCACGGCAGCCGUCUCCCCUUCGCCCGCGGCGGCCCCAUCUUUUACCCUGGCCUCGUCGGGCCCAUCACCUCGGUCCGCGAUUUCAAAGCCUCCAUCCUCGAAGAACUUCAGAGUUUGCAGGCCGAAUUGGUCUCAACGGAAGAUUUCGAGCAAGAGCUCUCGGUCGAUGAGCUUAAGGUACUUACGGAGGAAGAACUGGUGGAGAUAGCCCUAAAAGAGGAGGAUGUUCCAGGCGUUCAUGAUUCAUCAAGGCUUCUAGAGUGUUCAGGUGAAGGAAUUGUAGGUGAUGCCAGCAUUGGGAAAGAAAUAGUUUGCUCGACAAGCUCAACAAUGGAAAGGAGCAACUUGGAGUCAUCUGAAAAUUCGAAGGUUUCCCAUGCAUUGACAUGUGAAACUGAUGCUUCAAACAAGAUAGUGAAGAAGAAGGGAGGGAAAAGAGGAAGGCGCUUUGAUAGAGACUGUCGAGCUGCUGAAUUGGAAGGUGAUUAUUUUGCAAAAGUGGAAGAACUUGCAAAGAUUAAAAAAAGGCAGGAUGAGGACAAACUAGCAGCGAGACUACAUUCAUUUAGUGGCAACUCCAAGCUUGUUGAAGGGGCAACCUCAACCUCAGAAAAAAUUGAGAGGACGAAAUCCCUGAGGUUUAUAACUACUCCUGUGAAGGUGAAGUCUCUAUCACAAGAGCAUGUGCCAAUAUAUUUUCCUGAGCUUAUUCUUUGUGUAGAGAUUUAUGCCAAGAAAAGCACCUUAAGAAAGACCCAAGAAUUUUUAGUACUGGGUAGCCAAGUCCUAACGGAGCUGAAGGAUCGCAUCUACUGCUUGACAGAUAAGCUAAUGGAGAUGGCAGGGGAACAUGAUCCUUCUGGAUAUUUCCUCAUUGAAGAUACUUUUUGCAAUGAUCUGCGGAACCCUUCUUUUAUCGACUACAGUAAACCUGUGUUUGACUGGCUUAAGGACAACAGUGAUGAGGCCAUUGAGAAAUGGGAAUACAUCAUGUCUGGUGAGUUGAAGAAGAAGCAAAAGGAGCUUUUAGGUGAUGCAAAUGUCUCGAGCUUACCAAAGUUUAAAGCUUUGGACAUGCAUAAGACUCGAUUUUCUGACCUGCGGUUCAGAUUGGGUUCUGGAUAUCUUUACUGUCAUCAGGGAAACUGCAAGCAUACCAUAGUGAUAAGAGACAUGAGAUUGAUCCACCCCGAGGAUGUUCAAAAUUGGGCAGAUUAUCCACUCCUUACAUAUCAACUGCGACGACAUUACAGGAAAUGUUCAGUCUGUGACAUAUACAUCGCAACAAAGAUGACGGUCGAUGAUAAGUGGGCUCCGGUGAACCCUUGUUAUUUCUGCAUCAAAUGUUAUUUCCUUCUUCACUACAAGGAGGACAACUCGUUGUUAUAUCCUCACACUGUAUUCGAUUAUUUUCACGAAUAGUGUGCAUUUUCAUGAUAGUUACUUGUGUUCA